AUGGCAUCUGAGCUCACUUUCAUCAUGGUCAAGCCUGACGGCGUCCAACGCGGACUCACCGGAGAGAUCAUCUCCCGCUUUGAGCGCCGUGGCUUCAAGCUUGUCAACCUCAAGAUGGUCCACGCUUCCAAGGAGCACAUCGAGAAGCACUACGAGGACCUCGCCGGCAAGCCCUUCUACCCCGGCCUUGUCAAGUACAUGUCUUCCGGCCCUGUUGUCGCAAUGUGCUGGGCUGGAAAAGACGUCGUGAAGCAAGGACGAAUUCUCCUCGGUGCUACCAACCCUUUGGCAAGCUCCCCCGGUACUAUCCGUGGUGACUACGCCAUCGACGUCGGACGCAACAUCUGCCAUGGCAGCGACGCCGUCGAGUCCGCCAAGAAGGAGCUCGAGCUCUGGUUCGGUCAGGAGGCUGCCGGCAUCCAGUACGAGCGCGCCAUCGACCAGUGGGUCUACGAGAACUAA